AUGCUUAAGUGGCGAUUACUGUUAGGUGUCACGAACGUCGGGACAUACGGCAUAGUGGCGCAUGUGGAAUUAGCGCUAGUGCGCACCAACAUGGAUUACGGAGGCUACUUCACUCAGCAAGCUGCUUCGGGCAUCGACGGUUCGGUGCCGAACCCAUUCCAGCUAAAUGCUAAUUUCAAUCUGAACAAUAGCGCUGGAUACACUAAUGGAGCGCAAACGCAAAUCUACGGACAGUACACAAACCCGUACCUUACGGGAAAUCGGUAA